CCCUCCUCUUGUCAUUUCUUGACUGUCGCGAGAUCCCCCGCAAUCGCCCUCGCCUAUCCACAAUCGUUCGUGCAUCCCUAAGAAAAGCCGGCCGUGCGUUAAUGCUCAAGCCUUGCCCAGCGUCUUUCACAGCCAGCCAAGCUCGUCUUGACACUUGGGUGCUCGACUUCAUAAGCAGACCGCCGGCCCGCCUGUGAUCGUCAGUCUGGCACUCAAUACUUCUAUCUACCUAAUCCGAAUAAUCCGCACUCCAACCCGCAUAUAAUCACAAUGGUCGCCCACGAAGGUCACGAUAUGUCGUCCAUGGCGGGUAUGGACAUGGACGGGGGAAGCAGUGGCUCCUCAUCCAUGGGAAUGUCCAUGUUCUUCUUCACAUCAACGACUACGCCGCUGUACUCCGAGGCCUGGACACCGGCGAGCGCUGGCGCAUACGCGGGGACUUGCAUCUUCCUCAUUAUCCUCGCCAUCUUGUUGCGAGCGCUUUUCACGGCCAAAACCUUCCUGGAGUACAGGGCUCUCCAAAGCGCCAUGAAACGGAGAUACAUUGUCGCGGCAGACCAGCAAACAGCGACGGAUAAGGCUUUCAACGAUGCGAGCUCCAUGACUGGCAUUCUCACAACGAAUGGGCUGCAAGAGAAUGUGAGAAUCGUCGAGGCUCCUGCGAGACACGUGCAGCCCUUUCGAUUCAGCGUCGAUCUACCACGAGCCGCCAUCAUGACACUGGCGGCGGGCGUUGGUUACCUUCUUAUGUUAGCCGUGAUGACCUACAAUGUCGGCUAUUUCCUUUCAGUACUGGCUGGCGCUUUUAUUGGAGAGUUGGCGUUGGGCAGGUUCAACCAAAGCGCCAUGUCAAUGUAGUAUUUCAUAUCUCAUUAGAACGUGCAACAACUUGGCACUGUCUGCGCACAUUGGUAAUGCGGG